GGAGGGGCACAGCCGGCCGCCGAAACCGCCGGGUCUGCGACCCGGAGCCCGGAGACAGCAGCAGCAGCAGCAGCAGUGACGAAGGCAGCACUGGUCGGACUGCAGAAGAAGGGGGUGCGCAUCGAUCCAACAAUGCAGCAGACGUGUGACAGUGGUAGAAAGCAGGAGACCUACGCCAGCUUGAGUAGCGAAGAAAAGGAUCAGGAGAAUCUUAGCGUGGUCCACAAGUCCACCCGCUGGGCGAAACUAGGACCAGAAGACAUGGGGGCGACAGCUGUCUAAGAACUGGACGCUGAGAAGGAGCGUGACACACGAGCCAUCUUUGAGCGCAGCGAGAAGAUCCAGCCGGAGCUGCGGGGCAAGGAGGAUGAGAUCUAUCGGAGAAUCAAUAGUUAUCAGAGAUGCAUAAAGCCCAAGGACACAUCGAUGGGCAGUGCCUCCUCCGGGAUGGCGAGGAAGGGCCCCAUCCGAGCACCGGAGCAUCUCCGUGCCUGGAAUUACCAGCCCGACAUCUGUAAGGACUACGAGGAAACUGGCUUCUGCGGCUUCGGAGACAGCUGCAAGUUCCUCCUCCAUGACCAUUCAGAUUACAAGCACGGGCGGCAGAUCAAACGUGAGCUUGAUGAGGGUUGCUAUGGUGUCUAUGAGGACGAAAACUACGAAAUAGGACGCGAUGAUGAGGAAAUACCAUUCAAGUGUUUCAUCUGUCGCCAGACCUUCCAAAACCCAGUUGUCACCAAGUGCAGGCAUUAUUUCUGCGAGAGCUGUGCACUGCAGCAUUUCCGCACCACCCGGUGCUGCUGGAUCUGUGGCCAGCAGACCAAUGGCGUCUUCAAUUCAGCGAAAGAAUUUAUUACUAAACCGGGAAAACAUCAAGCAAAGGGUGGUACUUCCGAUUUCCCAGAAGACCCCCGAUGAGGGUUCAAUUCCCAUUAUUUAGGUUUCCCUUAAUUGUUAAAUUUCACAAUAAAUAUUUUAUUUUUGGAAA